UAGUUGGUGCAACUGGCGCCAUGCGCUCGGACCCGCUGCAGGCGCACCUCAAGAGGCUCAUCAAGGACGACCGCGAUGUGUCGCAGCUCCGGGCCGAGUCGUCGGCGCUCCUCUGCGACGUCACGCGCGCCUUCGUGCUCGAGCUGGCCGAGCGCUUGGUCCGCGAGCUCCGCGCCAGCGGCAACCUGUCGCCCGACGCCUUCAAGGCGAUGCUGCUGGCCGAGCCCGCGUUCGCGCCCCUCCACGGCUUUAUUCAAGACAUGACCGUACUCGAAACCAAGGCCAUGCUGCGGAAGCGCAAGAAGGCGGCGCCAACCGCUGCCGCCAGCGACAAGCGCGCCAAGCUAGCAGCUCCUGCGCCCGAGCCCGAGCCCGUCGUGGAUGCGCCCGUAGCGAUUGCAGAGGACGACGACUACGACGCAAGCGACUGAGCGCCGACCGACCCUAUCCCUUCGU